UCCUCCCGUGUGUGCGCGCUGGUCGAGCGUGGGACAGUGUGGGUACUGCGAGAGAGCUUCCUAUAAAAGCGGCGGUCACUGGCUCCGCUGGUCGCAUUUCUUGCUAUCCUAACACGUUCGAACGUCUUAUCCGAUCUUGAAUUUGACGUGUUAUUCUCAAACACCUUGCAAUAUCGCAGUCAUUUCACACUAGGAAACCACCGUCUAUGGUGUUAUACCUGAAACCUCAAAGAUGUCUCGUACCGAAGAGGUGCACCGUAUAACGGAAAAUGUCUACAAGUCCAUCAUGGAGCAGUUCAACCCCUGCCUCAGGAACUUCGUUGCCAUGGCCAAGACCUACGAAAAGGCUCUCUCCAAAGAGGCAGCAUGGGACGUCCUCUUUCAGAUGGCCGAAGUCCACCGGCAGAUUCAGAUCCAGCUGGAGGAGAUGUUGAGGUCCUUCCAUAAUGAGCUGCUGACAGAACUGGAAAAGAAGGUGGAGUUGGAUGCACGCUAUCUAAAUGCGGCACUGAAGAAGUACCAGAUGGAGCACAAGAGCAAAGGUGAGAGCCUGGAGAGGUGCCAGGCCGAGCUCAAGAAGCUGCGGCGCAAGAGCCAGGGCAGCAAGCACCCGUCUAAGUACGGAGACAAGGAGAUGCAGGGUAAGGAGCUGCUGUCUCAGAAGCUUCCGGUAUGGCAGCAGGCGUGUGCCGACCCUACCAAGCUGCCCGAGCGUGCCAUGCUGCUGGCCCAGCAGAUGAGCUCCAGUAUGGGCACGAUGAGCAGCGCUGGCGGCACCCUCCACAGCUCCACAGGAGGCCUGCACAUCUCCAACCCCAUCCCUGGGGCCAAGCCCCUGCCUGUGCCUGCAGAGCUAGCUGCCCUCAUGAACCAGCAGAGGGCGAUGGGCAUGGACGGCGUGCCCAUAGUGAACGGCACAGCAGGGGCCCACGGCGGGAACGACUACCAGCACUGGAUGGAGAGCAAGGCCGGCCAGGCCAAGGGAGCCAGCCCGCAGGUCCACAGGCACGGGGCCGAGGUCUACUCCAACACACUGCCCGCCCGCAAGGUGGUACCCACCAAAAGCAAGGCCACCAUUGCCGAGACUCAGACGCUGCCCAGGUCCAGCUCCAUGGCGGCGGGACUAGAGCGCCAAGGCCGGACCCGCGUGCAUGCCAUCUACUCGCACGCGGCCGGGGACAACAGCACCCUGCUCAGCUUCAGCGAGGGAGACGUCAUCACCCUGCUGGUACCAGAGGCCCGCGAUGGCUGGCACUAUGGAGAGAAUGAGAAGAACCGCAUGAGAGGCUGGUUCCCAUUCUCCUACACACGAGUCAUCGCGGAGCCAGAGCCCGAUACAGCCCGACACUUACAUGUCAGCCUCCAGCACGGCAGAAGCAGCAGCACAGGGAACCUUCUGGAAAGAGACGGCAUGGUGCUCCCGGUCAGCGACUACGGCAUGUCUGCCCGCCUGAUGGCCCGCGGCUCCCAGCAGAGCAUGGCCCACAGCCGCCAGCAGAGACCCUACAGCGUCGCAGUGCCCACGUACACACAGCAUCAAGGACUGGAAGACUAUGAGCACCGCUUCCCCACGAGCUGGACCAGCAAUCCUUAAUAAACUUGGGGACCUUCGAGCUAAAGUGUUGGAAAGUUCGGAGGUCAAAUUGAUUUCGACAGUGUGAGGACUAGGAAAGCAAGAGAGAGAGAGAGAGAGAGACAGAGAGAGAACGAGAGACACACAAACAGAUUCAGAACACAACCCUGCGAUAGGACAGAGCCUCCACUUGACACCUUCUUCCUCCUCGCCACACCUCGCUUCUCCUCCUCCUCCUCCUCACCUCCCCAACCACUCAACCCAUCCCUCCACGCUGUUCUCUAUUCACUCCUUCCUCUGGUAGCCUCUCUCUCCCCCUCCCCACACGCUCCACCAACCCUCCACCAACCCUUGCCUGAUGCUUCUUCACCUGGGCAAGCAAGCCAAGCCCCAGAGGGGAAAAAGGAAUGUUUCUGGUGGAACCAGAGCACUGAACGCAAGAACCUUCCAUAAUCGACAGCAGAACCCUCAUGGUCCAGCAGAACUUUGCCCGCCGCGAGGACUGCUUUUAAAAUAAAAAAAGCAAACAAACAAAUAAAAAAAGACAAAAUAACUGGAAUGGAUCGGUUCCUGAUGAAUCUGUUUUUCUUUCUUGCUUGUCUUUCAUGCAUGUACAUGUUUGCACAGACAUGGCAAUGCCCUGAGAUGGUCACUUUAAAAUAGCCAACGAGAACAAAGACUGUAUAUAAGAAUGUAUUGUUUAUGUUAAUGCAAUAUGUCACAUGUUAUGAAAUGACUACAUGUAUUGUUCUCUUAUGAAUUACUUUAUAAAUUAACUCUUUUUUUUAUAUGGCAAAUAAUUAAUUCCAACAAUUCUUUAGAUAGAAGGUUGCACAUUACAGAGAGAAAGGGUCUACACAACAAGCCUAAAAACAGGAGGCACCUGACUUCCCCCCCAUAGCUUGUUUAUUGCAUUCUUAGGUUUAAUUAGUCCUGUAAUAAAAUUGUUUUUGCUUCAGGUGACAGACAGUUGGGAGUAAGCCCUUAUUAUAGCAAGGGGAGAAGAAUUUGACAUUUAAGUUUGUGGAUCAUGCAUGAAAGAAAAGGCACACAGAUCAGGUGCUUUAGACAAAUAUUGGUUUAAACCCUGUUGCCAAAGCAACAGCUUCCUCUAUUUCACUGCACCCGUAUGUUAUGAUUAUGUUAGCAGAUGAAAUGACUCAUGUUGUUCUUGCCAGUCUACUGAUAUGGAGGACCACUGAACUCUAUUAUGCUAUAGAACUUUACAUGACACAUAUGAGUACAGAAAUUUUGACUUAAUGGUGCAAUACUAAUUUAACAGUUCUCAGUGUAACUUUAGCAUUCAGACUUUCAAGUAUUCUAUCUGUUGUACAAAGUAAUAUCAGUUGUAAGUAAUAUACAGUAUUUGAGUGGAUUGCUACCCCUUGGACCAUUUGAGCAUACAUUUAUGCUAACAGUGGCCCAUUUAUGUAAUUUCAUGACGAAACAACUUGUAGUAACAGUGAUUGUUUUUCCUUUUUGGUUCAGUAGCCCUUGCGGGGCACAAUAAUAUAUAUCAACUGUAGAUUGCUUUAAAGAAAUCACAUAGACAAUGUACAUAAACCAGUGGCAAUAAUAAAAUUAAUUGGACCAAAAUUUUUCAUUCACUCGGUAAGAGUGACUUUUUUUUAAUAUAUAUAUUUACAAUAUGUGAUGGGGGUUGAUUUUCUUAAUCACUACCUUCGUGCCAUUUUAUUUUUGGGAGACAUUUUGUUUAUUAUCCAUGUCACCUAGCUUUCUGGUGCUACUGUUUCUGUAAAGAAAUUACAGAAUGUGACUAGGGAGAGCAUGCAGAGAGCAUGGUAACAGUGAGAUCAAAGGUCAAACGCUGGCGAUAGUCAGUGCUUAACCAACCAGAGUACAGCCCAGGACAUCAAAGAAGCCUAUCCCAAGCCCCAUCCACCUACCUUUACCAGUAACCCCCACCCUGCCUUCCCCAACCUUUCUGAUGUUCCUGAAUCUCAGGCAUUACUUGCACACACAGACACACCUGUUUUGAAAGAAAUGCCAUAAAAAUAGAGAAAUCAGAACCCUUCAAAAGGUCUUGAAUGUUUUCACUUCUCUAUGUGUCUCUCUCUCUUGAUCAGUCUGUCUGUGCGUUUGUGAAAAUAGUAUGAGAGAGUGUGAGAGUGCAUGUCUGACUGACCCAAAGAAUUCCCUCUCCUACUGGAUACCAAAACCCUCUAUUUCUUGUUUCGAUGAAUUCAGAGACAAAAGCAAAGUGUCCACGACUGGGAGCUGUCAAUGUUUCUUCUUUCUCCAUUAAAAAUGUAAAGCUCAAAGGUAACGCCAGCCCCUGUCCACCUGGGUCGUUGCUGCCCCCCCCCACCCCCUUCUCAUUUCUUUUUGGGAAUGCACACCUUCUCUCUGUUGUAAAGGUCUUGACAAUGUACAUAAUAACAACACCAAUAAUAAUAUGACUUGAUUAUUAUUAUUAUUACUGCUAUCAAAUGCAUGUGUCAGACACAAGUGUUAACACUGUACAAUGAUGACUGCAAAAUGUAUGGUGACUUUCUACUUCUGAAAAGUGAAAUAAACCUUUCUUCAGAUGAGAGCUCUGCUGCUCCUCCUCUCUCGUUCUUCCUCACCUCACCCUCUCCAGGGGGGGGGUUCCAAGUACAUGGUUUAGUGACAAACCUGGGUGAGUUAACUCAGAGUAAGCGGUAAACCUCCUACA